ACGAAACUAUUACGUUUAGAUAAUGGCGGAAAACAUGGAAGAAGAAAUGCGAAUAGAAAACAAAACCAGUGACGAAGAUAGUAUGAGUGAUGAUUCAGACUCCUCGGAAUCAGACGAAAACAAAGAGCAAGAUGAAGCUUAUAUCCGAGAGUUAGAAAAAGAGCUAUCAAAAAAUCCCUAUGUGUACAACAAGCAUGUAGAACUGAUAAAGAAGUUGAGAGAGACUGGCGACUUCCAGAGGUUAUGGUCUGCUAGAGAAGCUAUGCAGCAACUGUUUCCACUUAGUGAAGAACUGUGGUUAGAAUGGCUACGAGAUGAAAUCCCCCUUGUGUCAGAACAAGAAGAACGAGACAAAGUGGAAAAGCUGUUUGAGAAUGCUGUGAAAGAUUACUUGUCUGUGCCAAUAUGGCUGGAGUAUGUGCAGUUUGCCAUUGGUGGCAUGGGCUCUGAUGAUGGGAGGCAGCGUGUUACUGAUGUCUUUGAGAGAGCUGUCACGGCUGCUGGUCUGCAUGUGACACAAGGGGCCAACAUCUGGGAAGCCUACCGGGAAUAUGAAAAUGCUGUUUUAGCAGGUCUUAUGCCACAAGCAGGGGCAGUAGUAUCCAAAGAACAAGAAGAAGCCUUUACUGCUCAGAGCAACAAAAUACACUCCCUCUUCAAGCGACAGUUGGCAGUUCCACUUAUGGACAUGGAGGAAACAUUUGCCGAGUACAAGGAAUGGGUUGGGGGAUUAGUGGAUCCUGAAGUUGAGAAAGCCUUCAACAGAGCACUAGCCAUGUUGGAAAAAGUCAAGCCAUAUGAGGAUGAGUUACUUGCCAAACAUCAGAUGCAAGAACCAUCCCUUCUUGAGGCAUACAAUAAAUACCUAGAUUUUGAGCUGUUGGAGGGUGACCCAGCUCGCAUACAGUGUCUGUUUGAACGAGCCCUGCAGGAAAACUGCUUGCAACCUGAUCUGUGGUUACGAUACACUAAAUACCUGGAUGAGAAGCUGAAAAUUGGCAGCAUCUCCAUGGUGGCCUAUGAAAGAGCCCUGCGUAAUGUUCCUUGGAGUGCAAAACUGUGGUGCAAUUAUAUCCUUAUGCUUGAACGAACUUCACAGCCAUUUGAAACAGUUAAAGCAACCAUGGAUAAAGCCCUUGCCGCUGGUUUCACAGAGGCAGCUGACUACCAGACAGUGUGGACAGUCUACUGUGACUAUCUCCGCCGUCGUAUCAACUGGAAUGCAGACCAUGACAAAGAACUAGAAGUUUUUAGAUUGAGCAUUGAGAGAGCUGUGGAUCAUCUGUAUGAAAAUUUUGGUACUGAAGGCGAUCCUGAUGCAAGCCUUCGACAGUUUUGGGCAAAUAUUGAGGCAAGGCACUGCAGCAACUUGGAACGAGCUCGAGAACUCUGGAACCAGGUCAUGCAGGAGGGUUAUGGCAGUCAAGCCUCUAUGUGGAUGGCAUACUACCAUUUGGAACGGGCAUGUGGUGAUGCUGGUCAUUGCCGCCGCAUUCUUCAGCAAGCGUUAAACUCUGUUACAGACUGGCCAGAGUACAUUACUAAAGCCUACAUCGACUUUGAACGUGAAGAAGGUCAUUUAGAGCAGUACGAACUGGCAUGCUCUAGGUGUGAAGCACAGCUGGCACGCAUUAAUGAAAGACGAGCAAAGGCAGCUGAAAAGGAAGCAGUAUUGAAAGAACAGAAAAAACAACAGCGAACUGUUGGCAAGGCCCAGAAGAAAGCAGAGAAAGGGCAAGAAAAUGUCGAUAUCAGCAAAAUAGAAAAGGUGCAAGGAAAAGACACUGUCACUAGAAAUUCAAGCGAAAAGCUUGUUGGCCGUUGGUCUGCGACAGUCACAGGAGCCCACUCAGUGAAUGCAACUAACCGAAAACGUAAGGUAGAAGAGGAUGAUGGGGCUCAGGGUUUUAAAGUUCCAGCUUUACCUGGUGCUACCCUACCAGCUGCCAAAAAGGUGAAACAAGAUGAGGAUUUAUCAGAGAAUGUUGACCAUGGUGAAUUUGUGCACCAUGAUUCUUCAAAAGAUAACAUCACAGCAUUUGUGUCCAACCUGAACUUCGAGGUGGGAGAGGACAGACUUCGUGAAGUGUUUGGAGAGUGCGGAGAGAUAACAGAAGUGAGACUGGUGAAAAAUUACAAAGGCAAAUCCAAGGGUUAUGCCUACGUAGAAUUCACACAGCCUUCUGAAGUUUUAGCUGCCCUGAAAAAAGACCGUCAGAUGCUGGACAACCGCCCAAUAUUUGUGUCACGAUGUGAAGACAGAUCAUCAGGUAGACACCAGACACACUUCAAGUUUGCCACAGCAAUGGAGAAAAAUAAACUUUUUGUCAGAGGGCUACCUUUUACCUGCACUGUCCAGGAUUUGGAGGCCAUAUUUGGUCAGCACGGAAAGUUGAAAGAUGUCAGGCUGGUGACCUAUCGCAAUGGUUCAUCUAAAGGACUGGCAUAUAUUGAAUAUGAAAAUGAGGAAACAGCAGCACAAGCAGUACUCAAAACAGAUGGGCAGAAGAUUGAAGACCACAUAAUCUCCGUAGCCAUCAGCAAUCCACCACCACGAAAAGCACCCCAAGGCCAAACAUCUCAAGUUCCCACCCUUGGCAGUGGCAAGAAAGACACCGAAAUGCGAGGCAAAGCAAGAACUCAGGUGAUGCUGAUGCCCCGUGCUGUGCAGCGUGGUGAGGUCAAACCCACAAAGUCAUCAGGGCCUACAGGGAAGAGCAGCACGUCAGCAGAGCCCCAUUCAUCAGGUGACACAUCUAACACCAGCCUGAGUAAUGCUGAUUUCAGGAAGAUGCUUCUUAAAUGAAAAUCUUGACUUGAUUUUGAGUUUAUAUGUUUGAGAGGAGACAAAGGUUGAUUCCAAGACAUCAUCUGAACUUUAGUUUUUAAGCGUUCUUCAAGGUGCAUCGUCAAUUUCAAGUGAAACUGUAUUGUUCUUGUGAUGGAAAAUCAACUUUUUUUUUUUUUUUUUUUUUUAAUAAAGCAAGGCAGUUAGGUGGAUUCAGAGGCAGAUGCACAGAACUUUUGUGUGCCUAUAAUUUCUGUGCUUCCGUUUUGCAGAAUGCAAGUGUCCAUUUGUGCAGAAGAAAAUGCAUGUGUUUAAAAAAUAAAUUGAUCAGUUAAAAGCAA